AUAAAUGAACUUUGGAAAUUUGAAAUAUUACUCAAGGUAUUCAGUUCCUGAAGGCUUCAGGGACAUUCUUAUGGACCUUGUUAAGGAGAUCUUAAGGGACCAACCUGAAGAUAUUCCAAAGUUCUGAGCAGAGUAUUUCAAAGCCUUGCAAGAAGGAAGAGAACAUGAUUGUCUUGAUAAGGGAGCCAGGCCAAUCCCUCCUGAUAGAAUUUCAAGGGCUCAACUUGAUCAGAUAAGAGGGUUUAACGCAGAAAAUCAAUACAUGGACAUGGAAGCAGAAGGAGAAUAUAUGGAUCAAUACGGUGAAGGAGAGUAUGUCCAAGGAGAAUAUCCAGAAGGUGAAUAUGCUGAAGGUGAAUAUGCUGAAGGCGAAUAUCAAUAUGCUGAAGGAGAAUAUGGACCACCAGAAGGAGAAUAUCAAGGUUACGAAGCUGAUGAAGGACAAGAAGAAAUUAUUGAAAAUGAAUAAUAGACCAAAGUUAGACAUAGAAUUUUCAAUGAAAA